GUGGUGGUGGCGGCAGCAGCAGUGGAGGCUGUGGGUGGUCGGGGCUCCGGGCUGGGGCAGUGGCACCAUCUUGUGCCCCAGGCUGGUGGGGAAGCCAUGGAGGGAGCCCUGGGGGGCACAGGGGAGUACGGGAAUGGGUUGGAGUCUGAGGAACUGGAGCCUGAGGAUCUUCUGCUGGAGCCUGAGCCGGAGCCCGAGCCUGAAGAGGAGCCGCCCCAGGCCUGUGCCCCCCUGGGAGCUCCGGGUCCUGGGCCUGGCUCGGGAGCCCCAGGCAGCCAGGAGGAGGAGGAGGAACCGGGACUGGUUGAGGGUGACCUGAGGGAUGGCGCCAUUGAGGACCCAGAGCUGGAAGCGAUAAAAGCUCGAGUCAGGGAGAUGGAGGAAGAAGCUGAGAAGCUAAAGGAGCUACAGAACGAGGUAGAGAAGCAGAUGAAUAUGAGUCUAUCUGCAGGCAAUGCUGGCCCAUUGAUCAUGUCCAUUGAGGAGAAGAUGGAGGCUGAUUCCCAUUCCAUCUAUGUUGGCAAUGUGGGCUAUGGUGCAACAGCAGAAGAGCUGGAAGCACACUUUCAUGGCUGUGGUUCAGUCAACCAUGUUAUUAUACUAUGUGACAAAUUUAGUGGCCAUCCCAAAGGGUUUGCAUAUAUAGACUUCUCAGACAAAGAGUCAGUGAGGACUUCCUUGGCCUUAGAUGAGUCCCUAUUUAGAGGAAGACAAAUCAAGGUGAUCCCAAAACGAGCCAACAGACCAGGCAUCAGCACAACAGACUGGGGUUUCCCGCAAGCCCGAUACCGUGCCCAGGCCACCAACUACAACAGUUCCCGCUCACGAUUCUACAGUGGUUUUAACAGCAGGCCCUGGGGUCACGUCUACAGGGGCCGGGCUAGAGCGACAUCAUGGUAUUCCCCUUACUAA